AUGCUCGCCACUUUCUAYAAUCUAACGGCACUACUGCGUCUCUGCGAAGCAUUGACAUUGACGCAGRACUUGGCGUUUAUGGUGCAAAAUAUCGCCGAAGCCGCCAGCCGGGAACAGCGGCUUGUGCACACAAUCAUUUACGUCAGUCUGGAGUACAGAAAGAGAGAAGAACAAUUCCAAACAGGCGCGUUACUCGCCGGACUACACACAUCACACAAUCCGUGGCCAAUGCUGAGUUUCGAUGCCGCGGCACCAAUACGACGCUUCUGGAACAACAUCAAUAAUAAUUACAUAGUUGUAGCGCGGCUUGCAGGGCAGCAGCAGGCAGAUGUAGAAUUCUUGCAAAUCCUGUGGCAACRACUUUGGCAAAAUACACAAAGUCGUAUAAUAUUGCUGCUAAAUGAUGAUGUGAGCGCAGUAUAUGUGGCACGUAUACUAAACUAUUGCGCCACGCAUAACGCGAUGAACGUGAUUGCUUUACGUCCGAAAGAGGCGGUGCUAAAGCACACSUACUGGACGUUGAGCAUUUUCCCGACGUGGCAAGUAAUCAAGCGCACGUUUCUAACGUCAUACAGCAGGACAUUUCCGCAACAUCUCGGCAAUAUGCACGGACAGCGGCUACGUAUCGCAACCUCCAACUCUUAUCCGCAGUGCUAUCUCAUGCGCGACGCACACGGCGAUACGGUGCUUAGCGGACAUAUCGGCAAAAUAUUUGUCGAGUAUGCACGGCGACAUAAUGCCACGCUGGUGUAUCCGUUUAGCAAAAUGCAGGGCAGCGUGUUUGUCGAUCGCUUGGAUGACUUGGUGCAAAAUGGCAGUGCCGAUAUGAACUGCCAGGCCACAUAUGAGAACCCAAAUUGCAAUCUCAGCUACUCAAGAAUAUUCGACAGUCAUCGUUGGUGUCUAAUGGUGCCUAUGGAGCAACCGCUGCCACCAGCAACCUACUUUUUCAUUAUCUUCGACAAAGCUACAAUCAUUAUGAUGCUAUUUGGGCUGCUGGCGCUCAGCUUUACGCUCACGCUAACUUUUUACUUGCAAGGCGCUGCCAUCCCAUUUGCCGAUCUUGUAUUCAAUGCACCCAUCUUGCAGGGUUUACUCGGUCAAACGUUUUGGAUGGAGAGUCGCACAUUGGCCGCACGCAGCGCUAUCUAUGCAGGCAUUUCGGUUGCUGGCAUCAUUUUUAGCACCACCUAUGGCACAUAUUUGCAGAGUUUCAACAUGCGUGCACCCAUCGAAGCACCGGCCGAAACUAUACCUGAAUUGUUGGCACGCGGUCUCAAAAUAUUAAUUCACACCGAUGAAGUAAAACUAUUUGAAUUGCCAGCGGGUAGAUAUCAGUGGUUCGUGCCAUUUAUAAAGCAGAUGACUGUUGUCGAGAACCGAAGUGAAAUUCAGCAAUUACGUAACGCAUUCGACACGCGCUAUGUAUAUCCAGUAAACUCCAUAUGGCCCAUCAUUGAAGAGCAACAAAAGUUCUUUUCACGUCCCAUUUUUCGCCUCUCCAAUAUCUGUCCGGUAACCCGUUGGCCUUUGGGAAUCAGUUUUAGUGAAAAUUCUGUGCAUCGUUGGACUAUCAAUGCCCUAUUGGGUGAUAUACAAGCAGCGGGCCUGUUGGCGUACUGGAAACGACAUGCCUUCGUCGAAAUGCUACAACUGAAACGGAUUACUUUGCUGGAUAAAAGUGAAAAACCGGAUUUCGUACCAAUGAAACUGGAGGCCCUCUAUAUUGUGCUAAGUGGACUUGCUGUGCUUGAACUGUUAGCUGUGGUGUGUCUGCUGCUCGAAUUGGUCACAAUUAAUUAUCUCAAUUAA